GUUUUAUGCUGCUUUUUAAAAGUAAAGAUCCUAAAACUACUGUUAUCUGUCUACACAACCUUAGUUUAGAUGACAAUUAAGCUCAAAUAUGUCAGAGUAUUUGUAACACAACUACUAUGUUCGACCUAAUCCUUAUCCUUAAAAAUAGAUUUGGAUAAAAUAAAAAAAUAUAUUUGUACACUAGUAGGAUCAACUUGUUUAAUGGUGAUUUAAAUACCUAUGUCUGGAAUAUUCUAGCUGAAGAAAACUUAAAAACAAUUUAUUUCUAGAUUGAAGAUAUUCAGUGCUAAUACGAUUAAAAAAGAAUAAAUAAUAACUAAAGUUUUUAGCAAUCCUCUAUAAAUUUUCAAUUAGGUGCAGAAAGUACCAAUAAUAGAACGUAUAUUAGUUAACUUAAUUCUUAAACUAAAAGAUAUGAGGAUAUAUUAAUAAAAUAAACUAUCAAUGCUCAUUAAAACGAUUAUUCCUAAAACGAAUCCAACAUAUAUUAAACUGAUAAUUAGAUUUAAUUAUAAGAUGGGACUAUGAAUGGAAAUUAAAAUGACAGUGAUAUAUGGAAUGACUUCCAACUGUUACAAAAAUAAAAUGUAAUUUUAUAAUCGAAAUUUAAAACCUUUGAAAAAGAAAAUUAAAAACUAAAAAAGUAAAAUGAAGAAUUAUAAAAAGUGUGUGAUGAAUAAAAAUAGGAGAUCUAAAAUCUAAGAAGCCAGCUAGAGAUAAAUUAAGAAGAUUUGAAUAUAUAGAGUACUUAGCAAAAAGAUUAGAUAAUAAAUUUAACAAAUGAAAACCUUAAUCUUAAAAAGUAAAUAUAGACAUAAUAAGAAAAUGAGAAAAUAUUCAAAAAUAAUAGAUUUAAUUAAUUUAAGGAGAUUUAGGAUUUAAAUAAACAAAUUAUUGCUAAAGAUGAUGAAAUAAAUAAGUUGAAGGAAUAAUUAUAAACAUUUCUUAAUCGAAAUGAAACUGAUUAACCUAAAGCAGAACGAUAGAAACGAGGAUAAAAAGUAGGAUAUCAAUAAAAUGUUAAUUCAACUUAAUUAAAUUAAAAAGAUAACUAAGGAUUUGAUUAUAAUAGAUUAGAUCAAAAUUUAGAUGAGGAAUAAAUUAAAAAAUAGUCAAAAUCAAAAUAAUAAUAAUAAUAAUAAUAAAAAUAAUUUUAAGAAAUAGCGUAAAAAGAAUAAACAGUGUAAUAAUAAAAGUCGAAACUAAUAAUUCAAGAGGUUGAAUAAAAAGAUGAAUAUUUAACUUAAUGUGGACAUAAAGUUUAAAGCAAACGAUUAUAAUCAGAAAUAAGAGCUGCCAAUUAUCUAAAAAGACCGCCUGAAUGUCCAUAAUGCUAUUAAAUAAUUGAUUUGGAAUAGUUAUAUAAUUAAUUGAAUUCAAAUGUAUAAUUAGAAACUACCAUGUAAAAAAGCGAAGAUCCAAGAAAAAUAUAAAAAGUUUGAGCACUCAAUUUUAUACCCUCC